UUGAUUGAUUCUGUCAAAGGUUUUGUAUCCUGCCAAAAAGUAUGUGUACAUCUUUUCCUGAAUAGGGCGAUUCAGAAUACCAUCAUGAUGUUCAAGAGAGCCCAUGAAUCAUUGAAUGCUUCCAAACUAUUAAUAUUAAUCAGAAAGCUUCAGCCACUGUUCUACCAAGUACAGAGACGAACGUACCUUGAGCACAACAUGCCCGACCGCCUCAAGGACAUGUCGACUCGAGCCAACCCGAAGUUCUUCGACAUGGUGGAGUAUUUCUUCCACAAAGCCUCUGCCCUCGUCGAAGACAAGCUAGUGGAAGACCUCGCUAAAAUAAAAGGCUCCAAGCUCACUCUGGAACAGCGCAAAACGAAAGUCAGAGGCAUCCUUUCGCUGAUGGAACAGUGUAACCAAGUGGUGGAAGUGACCUUUCCCAUCAAGCGGGACAGCGGGCAGUACGAAAUAGUAAGAGGAUUCAGAGCGCAGCACAGUACCCACAAGACCCCUUGCAAAGGGGGCAUGAGGUUCUCUUUGAACGUAUCACGGGACGAGGUGAAAGCUCUCGCGGCUCUGAUGACAUUCAAAUGCGCUUGCGUGGAUGUUCCCUUCGGAGGAUCCAAAGCUGGACUAAUGAUCAACCAUAAGAAGUACUCGGAGCAGGAACUGGAGAAGAUAACUAGGAGGUUCACUCUGCAGCUGAUCAAGCUGGGGUUCAUAGGUCCGAGCAUCGAUGUACCAGCUCCCGACAUGGGUACAGGCGAGCGAGAGAUGUCUUGGCUAGCUGACACCUAUGCCAGGACCAUUGGUUACCAGGACAUAAACCACCAAGCUUGUGUCACUGGGAAACCUAUCAACCAAGGUGGUAUUCACGGAAGGAUAUCUGCAACAGGUCGUGGGGUUUAUCACGGCAUAGAAAACUUCGUUUCUGAUGAGAGCUAUAUGAAGAUGUUAGGGCUGACGCCGGGUUUCAAAGAUAAAACUGUUAUCAUCCAAGGUUUCGGUAAUGUCGGCAUGCAUACGAUGAGAUACUUGCACAGAGCUGGCGCUAAAUGCGUUGGGGUUAUUGAACACGAUGGAGCUGUUUACAGCGAGUCAGGUGUAGAUCCCAAGAACUUAGAGGACUGGGUGCUGACCAACGGUAGCAUUGUAGGGUUUCCAGAAGCUAAAGCUGCAGAUGCAGAGCUCAUGUUCCAUGAAUGCGAUAUACUAGUGCCAGCUGCUGUGGAAAAAGUCAUCACCAAAGAGAAUGCUGAUAAAAUCAAAGCGAAGAUCGUAGCUGAAGGUGCGAAUGGACCUAUCACGCCAGCAGGUGAUGCCAUACUGCUGAAAAAAAAUAUCCUGGUCAUUCCUGAUUUGUAUGUGAAUGCUGGUGGGGUAACAGUGUCUUUUUUCGAAUGGCUGAAGAACAUCAACCACGUGUCGUACGGAAGAUUGACUUUCAAGUACGAGAGGGAUUCAAACUAUCAUCUUCUACAAUCCGUGCAAGAGUCCUUGGAGAGGAAGUUCUGCGAAGCUGGUGAGAUUCCUAUAGUGCCAUCGAAAGCGUUUCAUAAUAGAAUCGCUGGUGCUUCGGAGAAAGAUAUCGUACAUUCUGGGCUCAGUUUCACUAUGGAGAGGUCGGCCAAAGCUAUCAAGGAUACAGCUGAAAAAUAUGGUCUGGGGAUGGAUCUGAGGUCUGCUGCUUAUGUCAACUCUGUUCACAAGAUAUUCGUCAGCAUCAAUGAUGCUGGUUUCGCAUAUUAGUUAUACUCUCUAUUUUACUUAUCGUACGUUUUAUUGAAUCAAUAAAUCAUUUUGAUGGUUCCUUGUAUGCUCUCAAAAUCGAUUAGCGUUGGGAAGAAACCCCGUUUUAAAGGGCACAGUGCCCUACUGCGGCGUCAGUUUCAACCCUUACGUAACUCGAGCAAUAUCGUCAC